CUAUGUAAGGUCUGAAUGCGUAAAUACAUAGCCAACCAGAGCCAGCGAGGAGGAGGAGAAGAAGGAAAAAAAAAAAAAAAAGACAAACAGAGACCGGAGACGGAGAACAUUUUCUUCAAAGCUUGCAUUUCAAUGGCCUCAAGGAGACUCUUCAAUUCAAAAUCCAGUAACAUCUACCUAAGCCCAGAGAGCUUCGAUUCGCUCACAACGGGCUCUCAUGUCGAGUUCGACGAGGCCGAUCUUUACAAUUUCAACGAAUCCUUACAAUUGGAGACCAAGAAAUCAACACCCACUUCCCGUUCGAAGAAAAGCCUGAGAAAGAUUGAUAGGCCAGAACGAGACAAUACGGUGACUUCCGCUUCAUUGCCGGUGAACGUACCGGACUGGUCGAAGAUUCUGAAAGAAGAUCCUCCUGGUAAUAGUCAAAACAUAGGAAGCUACGACGACAACAGCGAUCAGGACGAUAGGAUCCCUCCUCAUGAGUACUUGGCCAGAGUCAGAGGUGCUUCAUUUUCCGUUCAUGAAGGGUUUGGGAGAACGCUCAAAGGGAGAGACCUUCGUUGCGUGCGAAAUGCGAUUUGGCAGAAAACUGGGUUCGAAGAUUAGCCAGCCAAGAAUAAGAAUUGCAGAUUUGGAUAGAAAUAAAUAACUGGGUAGUCGACAUAUUGAUCAACCACUAUUACUGUGUUGCUCUACUGAUCAACUCCUUCAUGGUUUUUGUACUGUAAUUUAAUUAUUUACAAACUGUUUUGAAUCAUGGUUAGUUAGUUCUCUGGUUCUGGUUUUUCUUUCUUAUAAUCAGAGGAUGAGUUCUUUCACAUGUAAUGAAUCAAUCCAAGAGACUUGUUCUUUCUGAGAAA